AUGGCAGAGCGGAAACAACAUGGUGCACAGAGGCAGCAAAGGCCAGAGAUCCUCCUUGGGCAAGACUGUGUGCGAAGGAAGAGAGCCAGCCCCGUCUUUGCACCCCAGGACAACGGAAAUUCACCAAGGAAGAGACCCCCGGCGCCUCUGCUUCUCCUCUCCGCAACUGGAGUCAUGGAGCAGCCUCUUGCGCUCUGUGUGAGGGCGGCCUGGGAUUCCGCCCAAGAGACUCGGAAGCCCGGGGCGCUGCCAGCCUGGAGCACAGAGGCUGGCGGGCCCUGGGCGCUCCCUUUGUACCCCAAGCUGGGCGACCUCUCCUGCCAGGGCGUGGUCUUGGGCCAGGAGCUGUGUUCCGUGCCCUGCGGGUUUCUGAGAGAGGCCUGUCCGGUCCACAGAGCCCCAGAGCCCGGCUCCCAGGAAAGGGGCACGAGGCCCCAGGCAGGGAGCCCGCCGCCGCCACCCAGAGGGCCGCAGGAGCACGCAGGAGCCGCCCACGCCCCCGGGCAGUUUGGCCCAGACCCGCAGCACAGCCGCCUGUGCCUCCUGGAUCCCGAAGAUUGCCAAGGCCAAGGCGGAGGCCACUCUGGCCGCCCUGGCCGCCCGCUUCUCCCCGGGUCGCCCUUCCCCGCCGCCACCGCCACCGCCACCGCCACCGCCACUGCCGCCACCGGAGCUGCACAGCGCAGCCCGAGGGUCCCGGCCCGGCUCAGCCUGACUGGCGACUCGGCCUCGGAGUCGGAGUCGGAGUCGGAGUCGGACGUCCACUCGGACUGUGACUCUGACCUGGACUCCGACUCCGACUCUGACUCCUACCAGGACCUCCACUCCGACCCCGACCCCGACCCCGACCCCGACCCUGACCCAGAGCGCGACCACGACUCAGACCAGGACCGCAACUCGGACGCUGACUGCGACCAGGACUGCGACCAGGACUGCGACGCCGCCGACUUCCGCUCCGAUCCAGAUAGCCGUCCCCACACCGACCCUGACCUUGACUCCGCUCUGGAUCGCAAACACGACUCCAAACAGGACUCCGAACGCGACCGCGACUCUGAUCCGGAUCCCAGUCCAGAUGCCGACCGCGACCCCGACCCCGACCUCGACUCUGAUCCCGACCACAACCAGGACUCCGACCGCGACCGCGACUGCGACUCGGACUCCUACCGCGAUGGAGACCGAGACUCGGAUCCCGACCCGGACCCCGACCAGGACUCUGACCACGACCUCGACUCGGAUGCCCACUUCCACUCUCACCGCGACCACAAAUCUGACCCCGAUCCCGAUCCCGACUCGGAUCCCGACGGAGACCAGGACUCCAACAGCAACCGCGACUCGGACGCCCACUCAGACCAGCACUGAGUCUCCUACUGCCUCCGCCACCGCAACCUCCACCGCGACCGCGACCUGGACCAGACUCAGAUCCCGACCCCGACCCCGACCCGGACCCCGACCAGGACUCCGACCUCCACUCAGAGGCCCACUCGGACUGCUUCUGCGACGCGACUCGGACUGACUGCACCCCGCGGGACC